AUGUACGGUCCAAACAAUGGCGUUGUCCUUUACCAUUAUUCCUUUUCGCCCGUGGCGAGGCGCGUGUUGUGGUACUUGAGUCUGCGAGGCAUCGAUUACGCUGAAUGUAAACAACCCCCGGUUUUACCCAGACCCGAUGUCGCUACGUUAGGAAUCAAAUAUAGGAGAAUUCCUUUGAUGGCCAUAGGACGAGAUAUCUAUUGUGACAGUCGGAUCAUCCUCCGCAAAUUAGAAGCACUUUUCCCUGACAGUGCCUUGAGCGCUUCAACGGGCGAGCAGAAGGCCGUGGAGAAACUGUUUGAGAUAUGGACCAUGGAAGCAGGCUUGUUCCCGAGGGCAUCCCAAUUGAUCCCAACAAGUAUGCCGCUUCUGAAUGAUCCUCAUUUCACGAAAGACCGAGAGGACUAUUCCGGGCGCUCUUGGAGUAAAGAACAGAUCGAGGCCAACAGGCCGGAGGCUUUGGCUUCAAUCAGGAGUGCUUUCAAGGUUCUCGAGACCACCUUAUUAGCAGAUGGCCGCGACUGGGUGCUGAAAACGGAUCAUCCGACCCUGGCCGAUAUUGAAGCUAUCUGGACGUUUGAUUGGCUCAAUGGGUUGAAGGGUGCUUUGCCCCGGGAAUUGAUCUCUGACAAGAAAUAUCCCAAGGUCUUCGCGUGGAUAGCGAGGUUUAACGAUGCCCUCAAGGCUUCCAAAGCCAAGGCACCGAAACCGGCAACUCUCAAAGGGGACGUUGCAGCUGAGCGGAUCUUCAACGCUUCCUUUGUCGAGAAGGACCUGGCCGUUGACCCGGCCGAUCCUCUAGGAUUGAAGCGAGGCACCGAGGUCGAAGUGUUCCCGGUCGAUUCGGGCACCCAUCACCGUGACCAAGGCCGCCUCAUUGGGCUGACUGAGGACGAAGUUGUCCUGGGCAUCCAAGCGCAGGGGAAGGAGCUCCACCUGCACUAUCCGCGCACAGGAUUCCGCGUCAGAGCAGUGGCAGCCACUGGAGGAACACCAUCUAAACUGUAA